UUUUCUUUUUCUUUUUUUGCUAUUUUUGCUGAAAAACAACGAGAGACAGAGAGAGGGAAGAGUUUGGUUCAGUUUUUUCAUUUUCUCAUCGAGCGAGGGAGCGAGCGAUUCCAUUUGAAGCGUUCCCCAUUUUUGUGAAGAAAGCUUUUCCCCAGCGUUGCUUCCCUUUCUCCUCAAACAAUUCCUUCGAAUCUCUCUCCGUCUGGUUUUCCCAUCCCACGGGGAAGAAGCAGGGAGGAAGCUCAUCUGCCGCAGAAGAUCUUCGGAUCCUCGCCUCGAUUUUCCUUCGGAGGAACAUUUCCGAGCAGUUUCAGCAAUGAGCACGACGGGCGAGCUGCUCAACAUCGAGCCUCUGGAGCUGAAAUUCCCGUUCGAGCUGAAGAAGCAGAUCUCGUGUUCUCUCCAGCUGUCGAAUAAGACGGACAACUAUGUAGCUUUCAAGGUGAAAACAACAAAUCCAAAGAAAUAUUGUGUCCGCCCCAAUACGGGAGUUGUGUUGCCUCGGUCAACAUGCGAUGUUAUAGUGACCAUGCAAGCGCAGAAGGAGGCUCCUCUGGACAUGCAAUGCAAGGACAAGUUCCUCCUGCAGAGUGUAAAAGCUAGUGAUGGUGCUACUGCCAAGGAUAUUACUGCAGAAAUGUUCAAUAAGGAGGCGGGGAAUGUUGUUGAGGAAUGCAAGUUGAGAGUGGUCUACGUCGCACCGCCUCAACCUCCUUCUCCAGUGCCAGAAGGUUCGGAAGAAGAUUCUUCACCAAGGGGUUCUAUAUCAGAUAAUGGCAAUGCUAAUGGUUCGGAUUUAGCUUCCGUUACAAGAUCAUUUGUGGAGACUCAUGAUAAGUCCUCAGAGGCCAGAGCUCUUAUUUCGAAGUUGACUGAUGAGAAAAAUAAUGCAAUUCAACAAAACAACAAGCUUCGGCAAGAACUGGAGCUACUUCGACGACAAGGCAACAAGAGCCGUGGAGGUGUCUCACUCAUGUUUGUGGUCUUGGUGGGAUUGCUUGGCAUAAUUCUGGGGUACCUCAUCAAGAAGACAUAACAGUUGGUUGGUGAAGGCUCACGGGUUCUCAUAAGGAACCCGGCUCCUAUUCGGGACGUCAGUAUGUGAAACUGUACUUGUUAGAGACGAGAUUCUACUGAGUAAAAGCUUACAGCAGUGGUCCAUUGUACUAUAUUGCUUGGGUUGCACGUAAAGGAUCAUGAAGCUGGAUGAACGAUGUGCAAGUACCGGAGUAAAAUUUUAAAUGACUCUGUUUCACUUCAUCUAUUAAAUUACAUUUAGAAACUACUUGUAAACCUUAUUAUACGGCACGGCAAUGGAAGGAUUCGAUCUGAAUGACAAGUCCUCAAAGCGAUAAGAUAUUAUUAUUA